GAGCGAGCCCUCGCGCCUCGCCGGCGCACAGCGCUCGGAGCGCUCCUGCGGGUACCGUUGCGGGGGCCCUCUGCAGCGGGUGGCGCCGAACCGGAGUCGGGACACCGGUGCAGUCGCUGCGUGCCGGGGACCCAGGCUGCGCCGGGAGCUGGGCCGCAACGUCCGGACUGGACGGACACCGUGCUUAGCGCAUUGCGGCGACCUCGCCUUUCCCGGCCGCGAGCGCGCGCCGCAGCUGGAAAAGCAGCGGAGCCGGAGGACUUUUCUCCGGUCCCAGGGGCGCACCACACCAGUGCUGCAGUCAGUUGCACGCUGUGGCUCCCCCCGGAGGGGCGAUGGAACCCGGGCUGCCAGAAGCGUGAGGAGCCCGCCGCCGCGUUCUGGAGAGCGGGGGGCGCACGAUCUGGGGACCCCCGGCGGCGGACCCGAGCCCUCCCCCCCGCCCCGCCUCCGGGGCACCAGCUUCGGCUCCAUUGUUCCCGCCCGGGCUGGAGGCGCCGGGCUCCCAGUGCCGCCGGGAGUCGUGCCUCGGCCGCCGAGCUCCCGCGACCCCGCCAGGACCUGAACGGAACCCGGAGACGACCGGCUGGGGCGCAAGACACAGACACCCGCCGCGCCACGGCGAGCUCUCCAGAGGCGGGACCGCAGCGCCAAGUGAGAGACAGCUUGAGAAGGCGGAUCAAGCUCAAGGUGGAGUAUCCAUGGAGGUGUGGAGCCUUGUCACCAACCUCUAAGCACAGCACUGGGAUGUGGAGCUGGAGGUGCCUCCUCUUCUGGGCUGUGCUGGUCACAGCCGCACUCUGCAUGGCCCGGCCAGCCCCGACCUUGCCUGAACAAGCUCAGCCCUGGGGAGUCCCUGUGGAAGUGGAGUCUCUCCUGGUCCACCCUGGUGACCUGCUCCAGCUUCGCUGCCGGCUGCGGGAUGAUGUGCAGAGCAUCAACUGGCUGCGGGACGGGGUGCAGCUGGUGGAGAGCAACCGUACCCGCAUCACAGGGGAGGAGGUGGAGGUGCGGGAUUCCAUCCCGGCCGACUCCGGCCUCUAUGCUUGUGUGACCAGCAGCCCCACUGGCAGCGACACCACCUACUUCUCCGUCAAUGUCUCAGAUGCGCUUCCCUCCUCAGAGGAUGACGAUGAUGAAGAUGACUCCUCUUCAGAGGAGAAAGAGACGGACAACACCAAACCAAACCGUAGGCCUGUCGCCCCAUACUGGACAUCCCCAGAAAAGAUGGAGAAGAAACUGCAUGCGGUGCCGGCAGCCAAGACGGUAAAGUUCAAGUGUCCGUCCAGUGGAACACCCAAUCCCACCCUGCGCUGGUUGAAAAACGGCAAAGAAUUCAAACCUGACCACCGGAUUGGAGGCUAUAAGGUUCGCUAUGCCACCUGGAGCAUCAUAAUGGACUCGGUGGUGCCCUCCGACAAGGGCAACUACACCUGCAUCGUGGAGAAUGAGUAUGGCAGCAUUAACCACACCUACCAGCUUGAUGUUGUAGAGCGAUCUCCUCACCGGCCCAUCCUUCAGGCAGGGUUACCUGCCAACAAGACAGUAGCCCUGGGCAGCAACGUGGAGUUCAUGUGUAAGGUGUACAGUGAUCCACAGCCUCACAUCCAGUGGCUGAAGCACAUUGAGGUGAAUGGAAGUAAGAUCGGCCCAGACAACCUGCCGUAUGUCCAGAUCCUGAAGACUGCUGGAGUUAAUACCACCGACAAGGAGAUGGAGGUGCUCCAUUUACGAAAUGUCUCCUUUGAGGAUGCGGGGGAGUACACGUGCUUGGCGGGUAACUCUAUCGGACUCUCCCAUCACUCUGCAUGGUUGACCGUUCUGGAAGCCCUGGAAGAGAGACCAGCUGUGAUGACUUCGCCUCUCUACUUGGAGAUCAUCAUCUAUUGCACUGGGGCCUUCCUUAUCUCCUGUAUGGUGGGCUCCGUCAUCAUCUACAAGAUGAAAAGCGGUACCAAGAAGAGUGACUUCCAUGGCCAGAUGGCCGUGCACAAGCUGGCCAAGAGCAUCCCUCUGCGCAGACAGGUAACAGUGUCAGCUGACUCCAGUGCCUCCAUGAACUCUGGGGUUCUCCUGGUUCGGCCUUCACGGCUCUCCUCCAGUGGGACCCCCAUGCUAGCUGGGGUCUCUGAAUAUGAGCUUCCCGAAGAUCCCCGCUGGGAGCUGCCGAGAGACCGACUGGUCUUAGGCAAACCUCUCGGAGAAGGCUGCUUUGGGCAGGUGGUAUUGGCGGAGGCCAUCGGGCUGGAUAAGGACAAACCCAACCGCGUGACCAAAGUGGCCGUGAAGAUGUUGAAGUCCGACGCGACAGAGAAGGACUUGUCGGAUCUGAUCUCGGAGAUGGAGAUGAUGAAAAUGAUUGGGAAGCAUAAGAAUAUCAUCAACCUGCUGGGGGCCUGCACACAGGACGGACCUCUUUAUGUCAUCGUGGAGUACGCCUCCAAGGGCAACCUUCGGGAGUAUCUGCAGGCCCGGAGGCCUCCUGGGCUGGAGUAUUGCUACAACCCCAGCCACAACCCCGAGGAACAGCUCUCCUCCAAAGACCUGGUAUCCUGUGCCUAUCAGGUGGCUCGGGGCAUGGAGUAUCUUGCCUCUAAGAAGUGUAUACACCGAGACCUGGCUGCUAGGAAUGUCCUGGUGACAGAAGAUAAUGUCAUGAAGAUCGCAGACUUUGGCUUAGCGCGAGACAUUCACCAUAUCGACUACUAUAAAAAAACCACCAAUGGCCGGCUGCCUGUGAAAUGGAUGGCACCCGAGGCGUUGUUUGACCGGAUCUACACCCACCAGAGUGACGUGUGGUCUUUUGGGGUGCUCUUGUGGGAGAUCUUCACUCUGGGUGGCUCCCCAUACCCUGGUGUACCUGUGGAAGAACUUUUCAAGCUGCUGAAAGAGGGUCAUCGGAUGGACAAGCCCACUAACUGUACCAAUGAGCUGUACAUGAUGAUGCGAGACUGCUGGCAUGCAGUACCCUCUCAGAGACCUACUUUCAAGCAGCUGGUGGAAGACCUGGACCGCAUUGUGGCCUUGACCUCCAACCAGGAGUACCUGGACCUGUCAAUGCCGCUGGACCAGUACUCUCCCAGCUUUCCCGACACACGGAGCUCUACCUGCUCUUCAGGGGAGGACUCUGUCUUCUCUCAUGAGCCGUUACCCGAGGAACCCUGUCUGCCCCGACACCCGACCCAGCUUGCCAAUGGUGGACUCAAACGGCGCUGACUACCCAGCCUCCCCAGCCUUUCCCCUGUUCCGUCAUCACCUGGGCCCCUCACCCAUAAUUCCCCGCUGGACACACUGCCUUUUCUCUUCUCCUUCGCUGCUGGCAAGAGCCAGUGUGUUAACUGAGGCCUUCCUGUGUGGCCUACCCUAUCAUCAACCCCCCCCCCCCACCCCAGACCUCUCUUCCUCUUCUCCACCUACUGUGGGAGAGAGGAGCCCAGAGGCCGGUACUUGCUGGUAGCCACUUCCUCCUUCCCAGGUGUUGGACCAAGACCUGCCCCGUUGCUUGGCGCUCCUUGGAGGCCUGGGCAGUGGAAGCAAAUGGCACAGGCGGGCAAGAGCUCACUGAGUCUUCUGGUUGACCCAUUAGCCUCCCGUGUUCUGGUGGGAGCAGCCUUGGGGCUACUGAAGCAGUGGGGUUCGUUUCUGUCCAGGCCUUAACUGAAGGCAGCCUCUGCUCCAGAUGGGUGGUACCAGCGGCUUCUUAAUUCCAAUACUAAUUAUGCUUUGCUGACCAAAUACCUGGUACCAGAAGACAGUGAGGCAGAGGUGGGGAGCAGUGAUGUGGCCCUGGGGCUGAGCCCUAGACUCGGGGCUCUGUACAUAGCUAUGAAGAAAACACAAAGUGUAUAAAUCUGAGUAUAUAUUUACAUGUCUUUUUAAAAGGGUCGUUACUAGAGAUUUACCCAUUGGGUGAGAUGCUCCUGGAGGCUGGGAAGCAUCCGUUGCUAUAUAUUAAAAACAACAACAACAACAAAGGAAAAUGUUUUUUAAAAGG